UUCCACUGGCAUCAUUUGCGCCUUACAGAGUGAAGGCUGGAGAAGUAUCACCAACGGACGCAUUAUUUAAACAUUGUAUGCCGGAAAAAAACAACCCUCUGGAUUUUCUUCUGAACUGGGUUUAGCUUUGCCGAAGCUUGCCUUGCCACGUUAACAUAUAACCGUUUCUCUUUAAAAAAAAAAGAAUUGGAUUUGGGAUAUUAUGUCAGCUAGUUAAUUGAUUUGUGUCAAUAAGCAAUAGUUUAGCCAUCAACUAAAGGGAGACAAGUACUACCUAUUAUCAGUCGACUGUUGCUUUCACUUCUAGCCUCCUUAAAGCCAGGUAUCCUUGUUGUAUCAAGCCUAAAAGCGUUUCUUCUGAGGAGGAGGAGACCCGACUAACUGCGCCGAAAUGGGGUACGGACGAUCAGACAGCUACCGCGUGGCCACCACGCAGGACAAGGAUGAGAAGAAGGAGUCGCCCAAGAAGAAGGGAGGCAAGGAUAUGGAUGACCUCAAGAAGGAAGUUCCCAUAACUGAACACAAAAUGUCUGUUGAGGAGGUUUGCCGGAAAUACAACACUGAUAUUGUCCAGGGUUUGACUAAUGCCAAGGCAGCAGAGUACCUGGCCCGGGAUGGCCCCAACGCCCUGACUCCACCCCCCACCACCCCAGAGUGGGUCAAGUUCUGUCGCCAGCUGUUCGGUGGCUUCUCCAUCCUUUUGUGGAUUGGUGCCAUCCUCUGCUUCCUGGCCUACGCCAUCCAAGCUGCCACAGAGGACGAGCCUGCUGGGGAUAACUUGUAUCUGGGUAUCGUGCUGUCAGCUGUCGUCAUCAUCACUGGCUGCUUCUCCUACUUCCAGGAAGCUAAGAGCUCCAAGAUCAUGGAGUCCUUUAAGAACAUGGUCCCUCAGCAAGCCCUGGUUAUCCGUGAGGGAGAGAAGAUGCAGAUCAAUGCUGAGCAGGUGGUUGCGGGAGACCUGGUGGAGGUGAAAGGGGGAGACAGGAUCCCCGCUGACCUCCGCGUCAUCUCCUCCCACGGCUGCAAGGUGGACAACUCAUCCCUGACUGGUGAAUCAGAGCCCCAGACCAGGUCACCUGACUGUACCCAUGACAACCCCCUGGAAACCCGCAACAUUGCCUUCUUCUCCACCAACUGUGUCGAGGGUACGGCACGUGGCAUUGUUGUGUGUACUGGUGAUCGUACAGUUAUGGGUCGCAUCGCCACUCUCACCUCAGGCCUGGAGACUGGCAAGACGCCCAUUGCCAAGGAGAUCGAGCACUUCAUCCAAAUCAUCACAGGCGUGGCCGUCUUCCUCGGCAUGUCCUUCUUCAUCCUGUCAAUCGUCCUGGGAUACUCCUGGCUGGAGGCAGUCAUCUUCCUCAUUGGUAUCAUUGUUGCAAAUGUGCCCGAGGGACUGCUGGCCACGGUCACUGUGUGUCUGACACUGACUGCUAAGCGAAUGGCUCGUAAGAACUGCCUGGUGAAGAACUUGGAGGCUGUGGAAACUCUUGGCUCCACCUCCACCAUCUGCUCUGACAAGACGGGCACCCUGACCCAGAACAGGAUGACUGUGGCCCACAUGUGGUUUGACAACCAGAUCCACGAGGCUGACACCACCGAAGAUCAGUCUGGGUCCUCCUUUGACAAAAGCUCCACAACAUGGGUGCACUUGGCCCGCAUUGCUGCUCUGUGCAACCGUGCUGUGUUCAAGGCUGGCCAGGAUGCUUUGCCCAUCCUCAAGCGUGACGUGGCCGGCGACGCGUCUGAGUCAGCCCUGCUGAAGUGUAUUGAGCUUUCCUGUGGUUCCGUCAAAGCCAUGAGGGAGAAGAACAAGAAGGUGGCUGAGAUCCCCUUCAACUCCACCAACAAGUACCAGCUCUCAGUUCAUGAAAAUGAUGAUGAAAACGACAACCGCUACCUGUUGGUGAUGAAGGGAGCCCCAGAGAGGAUCCUGGACCGCAGCUCCACCAUCAUGGUGCAGGGCAAAGAGCAGCCUAUGGACGAUGAGAUGAAAGAGGCUUUCCAGAACGCAUAUCUGGAACUGGGAGGACUGGGAGAGAGAGUGCUGGGUUUCUGCCACAAAUUACUGCCAGAGGACAAGUAUCCCAAAGGUUUUGCCUUCGACACAGAUGACGUCAACUUCGAGACCGACAACCUCUGCUUCGUUGGCCUCAUGUCCAUGAUUGACCCUCCCCGUGCAGCCGUGCCUGACGCUGUGGGCAAAUGUCGCUCCGCUGGCAUCAAGGUUAUUAUGGUGACAGGUGACCACCCAAUCACAGCCAAGGCCAUUGCUAAGGGUGUGGGCAUCAUCUCCGAGGGCAACGAGACAGUGGAAGACAUUGCUGCGCGCCUCAACAUCCCUGUCAGCCAGGUCAACCCAAGGGAUGCCAAGGCCUGUGUAAUCCACGGAACAGAUCUGAAAGAACUCGGCCAUGAGCAGAUGGACGAUAUUUUGAGGAACCACACAGAGAUCGUCUUUGCCCGGACCUCCCCACAGCAGAAGCUUAUCAUUGUAGAAGGCUGCCAGAGACAGGGUGCCAUCGUGGCUGUGACAGGGGAUGGUGUGAACGACUCUCCUGCCCUGAAGAAGGCCGACAUCGGUGUUGCCAUGGGAAUCUCUGGCUCAGACGUGUCCAAACAGGCUGCUGACAUGAUCCUGCUGGACGACAACUUUGCCUCCAUUGUCACUGGAGUUGAAGAAGGCCGCCUGAUCUUUGACAACCUGAAGAAAUCCAUUGCGUACACUCUGACCAGCAACAUCCCAGAGAUCACCCCCUUCCUGUUCUUCAUCCUGGUCAACAUCCCACUGCCUCUGGGCACCAUCACCAUCCUCUGCAUCGACCUGGGAACAGACAUGGUACCCGCCAUCUCUCUCGCCUAUGAAGCAGCAGAGAGUGACAUCAUGAAGCGCCAGCCCAGGAACCCACUAAGGGACAAACUGGUCAACGAGAGACUCAUCAGUAUCGCCUACGGACAGAUUGGUAUGAUCCAAGCUCUUGGCGGAUUCUUUGCCUAUUUUGUCAUCAUGGCUGAAAAUGGUUUUCUGCCGUCUUUGCUUGUCGGCAUCCGGCUCCACUGGGACGAUCGCUCCAACAAUGACCUGGAGGACAGCUACGGGCAGCAAUGGACCUAUGAGCAGCGUAAGAUUGUGGAGUUUACAUGCCACACAGCCUUCUUCGUCAGUAUUGUGGUGGUACAGUGGGCAGACGUCAUCAUCUGCAAGACUAGACGUAACUCUGUGUUCCAGCAGGGGAUGAAGAAUAAGAUUUUGAUCUUUGGUCUGUUUGAAGAAACAGCUCUGGCUGCUUUCCUGUCCUACACCCCUGGUAUGGACGUGGCACUACGGAUGUACCCGCUCAAGCCCAGUUGGUGGUUCUGUGCGUUCCCGUACAGUUUCCUCAUCUUUGUUUACGAUGAGAUCCGAAAACUCAUCCUUCGCCGAAACCCCGGAGGCUGGGUGGAAAGAGAGACUUACUAUUAAAAUGAUCAAAGCAUCAUUUACUUGUCCCCUGAAAACAUUCCUUCUACUCUACCUCCCUCCCUCUCUCUCUCUUUCCUCCUUCCCUCCAUCCAUCCCCCCUCUCCUGUCAACAUGCUAAAACUGUACAAGAAAUUGUUUACUCUUCCUCUCCAUCCUCACCCUAAACAAAACAAAAAAAUCAAACUCCAAGAUGAUACAAAGACAACGAAGGGGGGGGCGUGGGUGGGUUUGAAAAUCUUCCCUGUCCUCUCUGUCCUGUGUUUUUUUCCCAUCCAAAGUCUAGACAGCACUAGUCUGCCAGUAACACUGAUGUGCCGGAGCAUAUAACUGCACUGUGAUCUGCAGCCACUCUUCAUAUGUGUCUCAAACUGCACCGCUGUGUGGAAUCAAAUAAAAGGUUAUAAUCACGAGAGUAAAGACAAAGCCCGACCUGUUCGUCUGAGACAACUCUUGCCAAGCAGAACAACAACAUGGCAGCUCCUGUUUAGAUUCCCAACUGGCAAUUUGGGCGGGUGGGUGGCGUCUGUUCUUUUUUUGGGGUAUGGGGGGUUUUGUCCUGCCAGAGAAAAGCCGCCAAGAUCCAGCUCUUUAAUCACUGCCAUUUCCUGCCAAUCGGCAACUACGACAAGUUACUUCUUUUCCGCUACUUUUCUCUCUUUCUCUUCGUAUGUAGUCACUGCCAAUCUUCUACUGCCAUUCCCCCUCCUUCUGCUCCUCUUUUUCCUCCACUUCUUCUUCCUCUUGUUUCUCCUCUCCUAUUAAUGAAGAAUGAAUCUCACCAUGAAACAUGAUCACUUGCUCACGUCCUCAACCGUGUGGAUAAAAGGUCAUUUCCUCUGACUCCUUCCCUCCUACUCUAUCCCCCUCCUGUUCUCCUCCUCCCCAUGUGUUUUUAUCUGCUUGUAUUGUUGUUGUUGUUUUUCUUUAAAAUGACUGUGUGUUUUUUAAGAAACAAAAUUGUUUGUAAAAGUUCAAUGUAUUCUUUUUUUUUUUAUUGGGAGUGGGGUCUGAGAGCUGCUUGUUUUCAUUCGGACAAGACAAGGCACACUGUCAGUUACUCUUCUCCCUCUCUUCCUUCUCUCUCUCACACACACCCCCCCUCUCCCCCUCCUCACCUUGCUUGUCUAUCUAUCCCUGGUAGUUCUGACUGUUUGUGAACACGGUGCAAACCCUCCAACCUUGUAAAAAACCACUUUUACCACUCGCCUCCUCUUAUUCUCCCACCCUUCCUCUCCCCUGCCCACCUGCAAUAUUUCUGUGUCCUCAGAAAAAGAGAUUUCUCUCCGAUUUCAUUAUUUAAAUCCGUUGAAAUAUGGAAAAGGCACUGUACUUUAACUUCUGAAACGGCAGCAAAAAGACAAACAACAAAAUGAAAUAAAAAAGAAGGAUCUCUCUUUUUCA